AUGGAAAAAGGAGUCGGUGACACUAUGACAAAACCAGAGACAGACCUUUACUUGCUGUGUAAAGGUGAAGAACUGUUAACGGAUGGCAGCUAUUGGGUCCCUUCGUCACAAAGCGGCUCUGAGCGCAAAGCCGAGGCAAGACGAGAGAGAGCAGUUCUUGAACACUUACUGGGAGGAGGACCAGAUCAGUGGCACAAAAAUUACCCAAUUGCCAAAGGACGUCAUCAGUCACCUAUCGAAAUCAAUAACAAAGAGGUGCAUUAUGAUCGCUCCCUACUACCGUGGUUCGCUAGUUAUGAUCCUGGUGCAGCUAAGACCAUCCUCAAUAACGGGAAAACCUGCAGAGUUGUGUUUGAUGAUUCUUUCGACAGAUCAGUGCUGAGAGGUGGGCCGCUCCCAGGAGUCUACAGGCUGCGUCAGCUUCACUUUCACUGGGGUUCCUCUGAUGACCAUGGCUCUGAGCAUGUUGUGAAUGGAGUGAGAUAUGCAGGAGAGCUACAUUUGUUACACUGGAAUCCCAAAUAUAGCAAUUACCUUGAUGCAGCGAGAAGAACUGAUGGCAUAGCUGUUUUGGCCAUUUUUCUGCAGGUAGGGAAAACUCCCAAACCGGAGAUGAAGAGGAUUCUUGAAGAAAUAAAUGCUAUUAAAACAAAGGGGAAAGAAGCUCCUUUUCCAAACUUUGAUCCUUCAAUUCUUUUCCCUAAAUCUCAUGACUACUGGACAUACCAUGGCUCUUUCACUACCCCACCUUGCGAAGAGUGCAUCACUUGGAUUGUUCUCAGAGAGCCUAUCAUAGUCAGCUCAGACCAGAUGGCAAAGCUCCGCAGCCUUUCCAAGAAUGCUGAGAAUGAACCUGAGCUCCCCCUGGUCGAUAACUGGCGCCCGACUCAGCCUCGGCAUUACAGGAUGGUGAGCGCAUCAUUCCUGUAGGAUCGGGCUCAGGUGGGGUGUCCCUGAGCGAGGAAAUCUGUAGAACUAAGAGCCAGUUUUGUUUUGUGUCCUCUUGUUGCAUUUAUACAGAACUCCAGCUGCAGGUUCUGAGGCGUGCAAUGUGAAUCUCACUUUUGGAGGACAAAAUUUACUUAGGCAAAUCCUAUCAUUAAAAUGGAAAUAGAGAGCUGUUUGUUUCUUCAUAACUCCUUUAACAUUAGCUUUUGUUAUUAGUUCUAGGGAAGAAAAGAGAUGCUACUAACAACUCUAAAAGCAUUUUCCUGCUGCCCCGAUGUCCCUCGGUGCUUGCCUUAUUCCAAAGUACAGAUUGCAGUUAAGUAAUUGUUUUCAGCAUACAGUUGGCCAUAUCAACCAUAUUCUUAUGCGUUUUGCAUAAUUUGCAUUUUAAUGUUAUAGCAAUCAAACUGACAUGGAUUUUGAGAAAUUGGUCUUAGUAUCCUGAAUAUAUACAUCUUCUCUACAUAUGCAAGUAGCUUUUCUAUUGAAAAAUGUGUUAAGAUAGUAAGAGUUCUUAACUUUUUAACUGUACUUUAUGAGGCAGAUUCUGAUUCCAUCUGAAAAUAUAAUUGAUCCUGAUACCCAAGAGAUUUGUGCACAAAUACCUGAAACCAGAAUUUGACUCUUCUGAUCAGUAAGCUGUUGACCAGGGUGCUGUUGU